AUGAGCCACGCAGACGAUCCUCCUCCAAACCUGAGCGAGGACGAGAUCGAACCGAUUGAUCGCGCCGCCGCCGCCGUCACCCCGCCUCCACUCCCGUCACCAUCGCUUCCAUCCCCGGUAUCAGCUCCAGCCCACCAGCAGUCACCCUCUGUCAAUACAGAGCGCGACGCGAGCUCCGAGGAGGGCGAGAACGGAAACGAGAAUGAGAAUGAGAACGAGGACGAGGACGAGGACGAGGACGAGAGCGAGGAUGGGGACGAGAAAUGGUUCGAGGACGAAAAAGACAGCGAUAGCCAUUCCCUCAACACACAUGACCACGGUGACGAUGGUGACGAGGAGAGCAACGCCGAUCAUUUUGGAGACAGCACGUCGGAACAAGACCCUAUUACGUUAGACAGCAAAGACGUACUGCUUCAGCGGCUCGGUGACCUCAUAGACCGACUCAACCUCAGUGAUUCAGGCUUUAGGGAUGAGAAUCUCUCGGCACUGCAUUCCAAGGUGGACGAGAUGGAGAAUGUGCUAGAGGGGACUGAACAUCGUGCCCAGCUUCACCGCCAACGGCCCAACCCCUCGUCCCUCCUACGGUCGCGAUUCUCCGACCUUACUAUGGCCCUCCAUGAGUCGCCGUUGCCCAAGCCCGAAGCAUCGUCUCCAGUGGAAUCCGAGGCGGUGAGGAAACGAUACAUCCCCCGAGGCCGCCAAUCGCAUAUUGGAAGAGCUCGCCAAGAGGAGUCAGAGCAUAUCCACGGGCUCCUCAUCGAGCGAGCUGAACGAGCUGCGCAACGGAUUGCGUUCCUUGAAGAGCAUAUCCACAAUCUUGAAUCAGAGUUUCGCACGUAUGAUGCAGAGCUUUCGAAUUUGCGUAUCGCCCUCAAAGCUAUCGAAGUGCAGUGUCCGCCUCCCUCUAAUAUGGACGAGGAUCUCCGACGCAGCAUACAGAAUUGGAAAACGGACUGGAAGAAUGUCAAGGAAAAGCGCGUAUCGCGCCUGACGCGAGAGUCGUCCGCCUUCACCUCCAUCCCCGCCACACCUCGCUAA